CUUUGCGGUGCCGACCAAUAUCCUGCUUGGGACUGCAAUGGAUAUUACAAGGGGAAACCUGGAUGAAAUUUCAAGGCCAGCAUCUAGCUCAAGAAUUAAUCAUGCAAGCAAAGUUUUAAGUGCAUCUUUAGAAGUUUUAACACCAGAACCAGACUUGCUCAAGGUUGAUUUUUACAACAAUCCUACAGAAGACAAGUCAAAAGAAAAUUAUGGUGAAAUUGGAGAGGAAUAUGGAAUUAAAAAACUGAAAACCUCAGAUGAAACAUUUGAAGGAAAAACUAAUAGUAGUCACCAGCUUGUGAUACAGAGUUUAAAUCAGGUUAAAGAAUAUUCUUCAAGCUCAGCAGAUUCUGAAGAUGACUGUAUUGAAAGCAGACUAUCUUGUUGCAGCCAGGUUUCUCAGAAUAAACUAGCCAAACUACAAAAAGUGACAACCAGUCCUUCAAACUUGGAAGAUACUAAGGAGAGAGAUGUUGAUUCACUUAUUCUGAAAGCUGUACAGAAGAUGAAAAGGUUGGACAAAAUAUUGGCAAACAAACUAUCUCAAGAAAGAGCAAUUAAAAAACAAGGCAGAGAAAUGAGAAGAAAACUCUGGGAGGAAUUUCAGUCCAUAUCAUCUCGAAAUUCUUCAGUGAUAACUGAAGAGGAGGAAAACACAAGCAGAUUUUUAGCAUUGACCUCUCCAUUACCUGAAACACUUGAGCCUUCCAUUGUUGAAGAAGAUGAAAUUAUUGGUAGUGUAUUUCACACACAGAUCCAUCCAGAAAAUUAUACUAGAAGACCAACAAAGCAAGGUAGUUUAAGUGAAGACAAAACAAGAAGCUCAAUAAAGAAAACAGAAAGCAUGCAUAAAAAAAGUGAAAGUACCUGUAAAAAAUCUCCUGAUUUUGUUAAAAAAAACAUAGAGUUGGUCAAGGAUUCAACAAGUCCAGUGGUUAUGUUAGAGGAAGAGAAGAAGAGACUGUCAGAAUUGCUACAAGAUGCCGAAGAUGAGAGCAGUGAGCUUCAAGUCAUUGAAGAUGAAUCAACUGAACUGUUAGUACCAGGCGAAGGAUAUACUCCUGAACCAAUGGAAUUUCACCACCUCACAGAAAUUAGUGCUAAACUUGAAGUGAUAACUUCUGAUGGAGAUUUGUUUGCAGUUCAGAGCUCCUGUUCAAUAGUACCCAAACAGAUUUAUCAGGAUUCUUUGGCUUAUGCAAAUAGAAAACUGGAAACAGUUCCGGGUGAAAAGGUCUUAAGAGACACUAAAGAAGAACGUGAUCAACAAAAUCGGCUUAAAGAGAUUGACCAGCAGCUGAAAAAUCUGGAGGAAACUACUGAUGUACUGCCUUGUCUCUCAGAAAUGCAGCUUAAUGCCCUUCUGGAAAAAUGUGUGCCAUCCCCAAGAAGUGUAAACAGCCUUGUCCUGACAAAAUCUCAAGGAUCUUGUUUUGAGAGAAUAAACCUUUCUGGGGACUCACUGGAGAACACAAUUCCAUUCUUCAGGAAUGAACCAUUAGAUGAUGUCCAAAGUGUGAGAAUGCCAGCUGAGCAAGAAAUGGAUGGAGCUGAAGAUGAUAAUAUGUUCUCAAAGGAAGUGAUGGUACCCCCUGACUGUAAUGUUAUCAAGGCAUUGGUUGAAUCUCACCUUUCAGAGAAAAAGGAAAGUGAUAACCAAGAGGAGAUGCCAUGUACUAGUAGCUCUGAAAGCUACUUCAUGUCAAUGGCCCUCUGCACAGACAGGCCAAGAAAGCCUUCCUUUCUUGAUGAACCUUUUUAUUGUAUCAGCAUGAACAAUGAGCUAUCCACAGAUGUCGACAUUCCUGGCAUACCACUGAAAACCAGAGGAGGUGAGGUUCUUAAUAAACCUUUGGAAUAA